CAGCGGUUCAAUUGCACGCCCGCAAAUCGAAGAUUGGUUAAGUUUCGCGUGAAUCGCACCUGCAUUCGCUGUGCGGGCACCGUCAUCUGUGAUGCGGUAAAAUCUUCCGACGGUUUUUUUGUCCGUAGUUCUUCCUUUCCGAACCGAGGGAAUGGCGGGCGGCGCAAGUCACUUUACGGUUCGGUAGUGUUGGAGCUUGAGCAGAGGGGAGCUCAGUGGUGUCACUCUUCGGGGCGGCAGCAGACAUGUCGAGCGGCGGCGUCUUUUCCGACGGCGACGGAGUCGACUUUCAUCCGCCGUUCCUCGGCGUCUUGAUCGCAUGCGGCGUGUUAUCAGUCUUCUCCCUGCUGUACUUCAACCGAGUGUUCGCGUCUCUAGUUUCCUGGGGAAUCAGAACCUACACAUGGCACCAGUACGGGGUGUACAUCGACAUCAAGGCUCUCCAGAUCUCCUUGCUCGCGGGCCGAAUAUUCUUCACGGGGCUCCAAUACCACGGGAAUAACGAGACGAUUCUGGUACAGAAUGGACACGUCACCUGGGCGUACUGGCUACGCAGGGUUCGGGAGGUGAAUAUCGGAAAUGGAAAAGGCGUUGAUGGGGACACCGAUGCUGCCACCAAGCAACUCGCUGCUAAGCUUCCGUGUCGGGUCAAAGUGUCCCUCAAGGGCCUGGAAUGGUUUAUAUACAACCGAAGCCCCGCGUACGACUCAAUUCUUUCCGCACUUACGGACCCUGAAAAAGCAUCCCGUGAGACAGAUCCCGGGCGAGUCGAUGCGGGCGCGGGGGAAACAACACCAGGUUCUCACCAAGCCCAGCUGCGACGGAGGCGGUCAAGUCGACAGCAUGCACCAACCAGGAGCUCUUCGCCCGGUCGCUUCUCUCAGAAGACAGCGAAGGCAGGUGUCGCGCCGGGGGACAAUGUUAUCAAUGCCGUUUCGGAGAAUCUCGCCCCUGGCACCGGCGAUUCCAGCUCUGAACAUGCUCUGGAUGGAAACGGCGGGCCUGAAAACACUACUGACGACCUUCCAUUGUUCCUCCAGCUCCUCCCGGUUUACGUGUCCUGCGAAAAAGCUGCACUUGUGAUGGGUAACGAGAACACCAAAGCCAUCUUGAUCGUUAAGACAACCUCCUUGUCUUGCGAGAUCGAUGUCUCCGAAACUGAGACACCCGAUCCUUACCGCCAGUACUUCCGGUUCAAGUUCAAGAACCCGGUAGUUGAGAUGAAGGACAACAUGGAUUUCAAGGAAGAGCAGUCCGAGAGAGCAAUCCGAGACAAGGAAGCCGCCCGAGAGUCGCUAUCUCGCCCCAGACGGUCCUUUUUCCAUUCGCAGAGACGCCGGCUGACUGAAAGCCUGAGAACCAUCGUUCCGUUUUGGAUUAAAUCUGCCGAGUCUCUUGCGCCCUCCAGUAGGAACAUUGGGACUGCUGCCAGCCACGUACCUGGGACGGGCCAAUGGCAAGGACUGUCGCGGUAUCUUUCUGACGAUGACGCCGAGGACCAGAAAUCGCGAUGGGCCUCCUCGGAGUAUGCUGCUGUCCAAACGCUCUUGGACAGUCCCGAGGCGUCUCUAACCAUCUUCUGGGAUGUGCCCGGUAAAGUCGAGCCAGUGCCCGGGUUGCGGCAGGAGAAGGCUUUGGGACAAGGAGCCGUUAUCAACGGUGCCGACCCCCCUGCUUGGGCCGUCAGCCUGUCCAUACACGGAGGCUCCAUCAACUACGGCCCCUGGGCCGACAGACACCGAGCAGACCUUCAGCGCAUAUUCGUCCCGAGCCUCUGCAAGGAUGCGGUACCAGCCCAGCCCCUACCGCAAGGCGCAUACCGGGUGCCUACUCAAUUCAAAUUCUACGUCGAGGUAACAGAUGCCACCACCAUUCGCAUUCCGGUGAGGGAGGCUUCGAAGAACUGGAAAUGGAAGGGCAAGGAGCCCUCUCCGCCGAAGCCGCGGAGCCAUGACACGCGCAAGACUCGUCGAUCCAAGAAAUCGGACCAGCCCGCUGAUCUACACCAACGGCCCUAUGGCUGGCUUGACCUCAAGAUUCCUGCGAACGCGACUGUAUCUUACUCGAUGGACAUGGCCGCUGGCGCUUCGGGUUACACCAACACGCUCGACGUAGAUCUGCCAAGUGCCGAGGUCACCACCAGCAUCAACCAUGAGCUCUUCUUGAGGUCCCGACGGCAGAGAAUUUCUUGCGAUCUCUCCACGCCACUGGGCUGGAACGCUCUCCGUCAAUGGCGCUUCAAUAUCCACAGCGAUGAACUGGAGCUCUAUAUUCUACGAGAUCACGUCUUCCUGCUGGUUGACAUGGUCGACGACUGGACAAGUGGGCCUCCAACGGACUACUUGGUCUUCACGCCUUUCAAAUACUACCUCAAUCUCCAGCUUCAGGACGUUCGGAUCUUCCUGAACCUCAACGACGCAAACAUCAUUAACAACCCGACGGACCCGGAGGAUAACACUUACCUGGUCAUUUCAAGCCCACUGCUGAAGUCAGAGACGUGCAUCCCAAUCGACUAUUACAGACCCAGCGAGAAUGCCAUUCCUUUCAAUAUAUGUGCCGAUGCUCCAGUGAUAGACCUUCACCUGCCUCCUUGGAACACACAGGCGUUGUUUCUGGCGUCAAAGGAGGUUGGGCGAUUGGAAAACUUGGUCGUUGAAGGUGCUUACCAUUAUCACGCGACCACGUCACCCACCAACACGGACACGCUGGUCCUGAACAUCAGUGGACAGUCGCCAACGGCGACCCUUCAUGGCUUCACCAUCCGUUACUUUCUCAUGGUCAAGGACAACUAUUUUGGGGAUAAUAUGCACUUCAAGACACUGGAAGAAUACCAGGACAUGCUCCGAUUGAAGGAGAGCGACCCGGAUGCCGAGCUUGCCAACAAGCCGCCGCCUAAGAAAUCGAAUGACUUGGAUGUCAUACUUAGCAUCAGAGCCGACGAUCCAAGAGUCCUGCUACCUGCUAACCUUUAUUCCUCCGAGCGGCACAUCCAGAUCGAUACAGCGAGUCUCUGCCUGGAUCUUCGCUUCACCAACUACUACAUGGAUAUGGACCUAGUAGUUGCUCCACUGAAUCUCUCGCUGGGCAAUACCGAGUCCGGGGCGGAAACUCCCAUGAGCGCAACGUCGAGCACACAGAUGUUCAUAGACGGUCUCAAUGUUUAUGGCCAUCGCCUCUUUGGCCUCCCUCCUGCCGAACCAACAUACAUGUGUAACUGGGAUCUGUCGCUGGGUGCAGUCACUGGCGAAUGUACCACGGAAUUCCUCACAACCCUCGCCAGCGCAGGCACGGCCUUUGCAUUCACGUUUGACGACGAUGAAAAUGCCCUCAUACCGUUCUCUUCGGUCAUUGUUCACGACGUUACCUUCCUCCGAGUCCUCGUGGACUCGGUCCGCAUCUGGCUGCAUGUCGAAGACGCCGCGUUUCUCUUCUCGACAGGCACAAUCGAUGUCAACUACAACGACUGGGCUCGGUCACAUUACUCUAGAAGAGCCGACAUCAGCAUCCCAGACAUCAAGCUGUCUUGCCUCAACGCAGAUUUGGCCACCAGGCACAAGACCCGCUCGCAACACGCAGUGGAUGCCGACGCCCUAAUAAGGACCAGCGUGCGGCUGGCGAUCAUUGGGCGCAAAGCAGACUUCUCUCGGGAACGAAAGACCCAGCAAGAGCUCGUUCGCAAGCAUGACCAGCGGACGCACAGAACUCCUUUUCUGAUCCUUCCAGCCGUUGCGGAAGACGAGCCGACUCUUGACUCGGUCGACCCUCCUGCCCAAAGCGUUCCCCCGGUUCCCAUGCCGAUUCGUCCGCAGGAUCUCGAGGAUGACGGAACAUCGCUGCACUCAAGGACAAGCUCUAGGCGGUCACAAGUGUUGCGCCGCAAAGCUUCCUUCUUGUCUCUUGCUAGUUCGGCAACGGGAAGCAUAUUGAAGCCCUUCAAACCGGAACAAUCAAACGGGAAAGAGCAGUUUCCUGCAAAUUUCAGUCAACACCGUCCUCCCAGUGCCCAAUUCAACGGAAAAUGCAACACGCCGAUGCAUGGCCGAGAGCUCUCACCAUCUACCCGUCACUCUGCCUUCUACAGCAUGACCGGGGACCAGACCGAGCAGCAUGAUGCCACUCACAAUACCGUUGCUUUCUCAAGCCAAUAUUUCGCACCCUACUUUCCGCUUGAGAAUAUCAAGCCAAGCCACGGAGAAGCUAUGGUCCGGAGCAUCGAACAAGGUGACGACGACGAGUCAACUGGCCACGGCUCUGUCAGCUUCGAUCUCGAUGAUGUAGACCCGAAUCUGUUUGAUGAGGAGUGCGCUUACUCAAGCGUUCUGCUCGAAUUGCCUACGGGCCUGGAGGCGUUUUGCAACCCUACGUCCCUGCGGUGUGUGGCAAGCUUGCUCUCGUCCUUGCAGCAAACCGACCCGGACUGCGUCUUGGACUCGCUGCAGAUCGACUCGAUGAGACGGGUAUUCGGUGCGCAGAAGGAUCAGAGAAUGAAGGGGCGUGUCAACGAUUUGCUGGUCAAAUUCCCGCACCUCAACCUCCGACUUGUCAACUCUCCAGAGGCAGACUCCUUGAACCAGGCGACGGACGAGCAGGACCAAUACGACGUCUCCCUUGCCAAUCUCUCCUUCAUGUCCCGGUCCCAGAGCACGUGGGAGGAUGCUUUUGACCCGCAAACAAGAACAAUUCAGAACUCGUUUCACUUGAGACUGGACUUGCUGGAGGUCUCAGCAGCCGAGAGACUCCGGGGAAUGGACAGCUCCCAAGCCGCUGCCCUCGUCCGAGUUGACAGCAUCCUAGUUUCGAUGGGAAACAAAGAUGUCACAUAUCUCGAUGCCGAAGUUGGCGGCAUCCAUGGAAGCACAUCAUCAGGGAAGAUUGACUAUCUGGUAUCGCUGGUUCAUCGCACGGGCAUCCUAGCGUCAGAUCUUGGCGAACUCUUCUCUGGAGUGUCGUCUCGGGAGAAGCUGGUGGUACAGAGUCUAGUACAUCAUCUCAUCGCCGAGGGGCAAGCAGCCCCGGAUGCCUCGUUCUUUAUACGUCCUUCCGCCAUUCUUCGCUCUGCGCGUCAACAUUUGCGGACAUUUGACUCAUGGAAGCUGGCCAUGCGUCUCCGGCAGAUGUGGACGACCCUGGGACCGGUCGAGAAAGAGAAGAUCAGACUCAAUGCUCUGGCUCCGUGUUCGGCAUCGACAGCCGAGCUGAGGCGAGAAGCUAUUGCGGCUUUCGAAAGAUGGAGGAGUUGGGACCUGAGCAAUGUCGGCGAGAGCAUGCUUUUUGACGUGAUAUUUGGGCGACCAGUCGAGUCCAGAGCGCCUUCCCAAGACAAACCGACUCUCGCGGUCGCAAAGGUUAGACAGUUUCAGCUCGCGCUCAAUCCCGGACCGAAGCAAAACGAGAUUACCUUGGCGGACAUCAUGGCAAGAUUCCAGGGUAAGCCGGCCUCCCCAGUCCAGCAGAAAGACAGCACGGGCGACACGGCAGGGUCUUCCAAGGGGUCUUCCAAAACUCUUAACGUCUCGUGUGAGGAUGCCUCCAUAACUCUGAACUGGGAGCUGUGCGAGCUUGCGGAUAAUCUGCUGAAGCUAGCCGAAAGCAUGCGAUCUCGAACUCCUAGUCAAUCUCAGAUUAACAAACGGCAGCCCGGAGUUUCGACCAUGCCGAAGCAGAUCCCCGAAGAUUCGAUACAUUGUGUCGUAUCCCUUGGCCAUGGCUCGCUGCUUCUAGAGGCUGUCAACCUAUACUCUUCCUCUUUCUGCAACGGAGCUCGGGUGUCCGUACUCAUCGGAAGGCGUGCUGAUAACACCGUAAACACAAACCUGGUUCUCAACUGCGACUCGGUCACUUCAAGCCUCCGGAGCCAUCGUCAGAAGUUGGGAAAACUGGUGAUGGACAAACCCAGUGUCUUCGUGUCACACGAACUGCGGGCUCUCGCCACAACCGACAGUCACACCAUCAAGGCGGCGGCUAGUAACCAAUAUCUAAGUCUAGUGGUGAAACAAGACCCUGCCACUUUGGCAGAGGUCUGUGACCUGCUUGUGCGCGACGAAUUCGUGCAGCUGUACAAGCUGAAGAAUCAGCUCCCCUCUUCGCCCCAGCCUGCUUCACCCUCAAGGAAACUCUCGGAUCGGUUGUCUGCGUUCAGAGUCAACGUGGCACUGUUUGUGGACAGGUAUACCAUCAGCCUCCCCCUCGUGCCCUCCCUAACGUACUCGGUCCACGGGACAGUCUCCAGGGCAGCAAUGGCAGCGAACUUUGGUCAAGAGGUCAUCUUUGAUUUUGAUAUCAAGGAAAACUACCAUGAUAUGCAAGUCAAGGUCAACAACACCUCUCGGAGCAUCUCCGUUCUCCACAUUCCGCCAACAAAUGGACAAAUCCGGAGCCACAUAGGACCGGGAGAGCACUCGGUGAACGUGUUCGCAUCUGUAGAACUGGUGCAACUGGACGCGUCCGCCGUAUAUAGCUUACUGUCAGCCCUGAACCGUCCCGAAAUCUCCAACCUUGUUGACGAGCUGCAGCAGCAAGUUAAAGUCAUCCAGGAGCACCUGAGUGAGGUUAGCGGGGAAGCGGCACAGACAGUGGCCGCGCCCACGGAGAAUCAACCAAUACCACUAGCCUAUGCCGUCAACCUCACACUCGCCGGCCUCGAGGUAUUCGGACACAGCCCGCUUAAGUCUGAGGCUGAGCCCUUGGCCCACAUCUCGUUUGCGUUCGGCAGCGUGCAUCUUGGACUCUCAAACCGGCUGGAACAAGAUGGGCCGGUUUUGACUUACCCGGAAUUCAGCGUGAGCUUGCGCCGUAUUGCCUCUGAGAUCAAGAAAGGCAGCACCGAAGCCAUGAAAUCGUGCGGUAGUGUCGGUUUUAGCGCUCUGAUCUCGGCUUCGUCUCGGCCCGGUGAGGACGGCAAGGAUAAGAGGUUCUUCCACGUCAGGAGCGACGCGUUCGAAGUCAACCUGUCUCCCGACACCAUCUCAACCGUCGUCGAUGUCCUGGGCUACAUGGGCGAUAAGAUCAAGGACCUGGACACAUCUCGUGAGCUCGGGUAUCUGCGAAAACUUAGACAGUCAAAGCCACGCAUCACUAUCAGCGACGAAGAUGCAGCAACAGAGGGGACCGAUUUUAUCGACACCUUCCUUUCUUCUACCACGUACAGUUUUGAAAUUUGCGACUUCCAACUGGCUUGGCUGGUCAACAGGGCGGACGAGGAGGUGUCUGGGGGCAAGGAGGACCUCGUCCUCUCCCUCCAGAAGAUCGAGCUCAGCACCCGGAGCAAGAACUCGGCGAGACUGAUUAUUCAGGACCUGCUGGUCCAGAUGCUGAGCCGGCCGUCUCGUGACAGGAAUUCCCGCUCUCCAAACUCUGCGCUCUUGCCGGAAGUCAUCUUCAACGUCGCCUAUGUGUCUACGGCUGACGCCCGUCGCUUAGCGUUCCAGGCAAUUGGGAAACCGCUUGACGUCCGGGUGACCCCAGGGUUCAUCAUCCCCGCGGCACACUUGAACGACUCGAUCAGCUUGUCGUUCAAGAAUAUCCAACGGGCGUCUCAAAACUGGAACCCGGCCGCGGCGAGCUCGGAACAGGUAGCGGCGAAGCAGCCGCAAAAGGGGCCGCGGAAGAACAUUCUCGGCGGAAAGAGGCUGGAAUCUCUGCUGAUUGAUGCAGACUUUGCGGGAGCCGUGGUACGUCUGACAGGCAAGAAGGACCCUGCCGAUUUGAUCUCGGUCACCAAGUCGGCUCGGCCGAGCGGUUCUGGGAAGCAGGGAAAGCUGGGGCCGGACGAAGCAGUGAGCAGCACAACGUUGAGAUCGCCCGGCUUGGCGUGGAAGCUGGAGUUUACGGACAACGGCAAGGAUGACCCGUCACUCCACGCCGAAGUCAAGGUCGAUGCCUCCAGCAACAUCCUGGAUCCGUCAGUGGUGCCACUGGUCGUGGACAUCAGCAACAGCAUCAAGAAGGUGGUGAGCGGCCGCGAUGGCACGAGCAAACCGAUUGCGCAGGCGCGAGAUGCUGCCGCCAAAGUCAAGUUGCCCGAGGAGGACCGCAUCCUCACUGCCGACCCCGCGGCCGUCCUUGGCCGAAUGAAGCUCAACCUGGGCUUGCGCAUCUGCAAGCAGGAGUUUUCGCUGAGCUGCCAGCCUAUCGCGAGGGUGGCGGCCACGGCCGGUUUCGAGAGCGUCUACUUCACUGCCAACACGGUCCGCUCGAUGGAACAAGGAAACUUCUUUACCAUCUCGGGCACGUUUACGAAGCUGCAGGCAUCGGUGCAGCACGUAUAUUCCAGGGAAUCGACUGGCAGCUUCAACGUGGACUCGAUCGUCCUCUCCUUCAUGAACAGCAAGCACCUCGGCGGCACCAGCGGUGUGUCGGCGAUCCUCAAAGUCAGCCCUAUGGAGGUCUCGGUCAACGCGAAGCAGCUCCAGGAUUUCCUGCUCUUCCGCGAGAUCUGGCUGCCGCGCAAGGUUGCAGAUCCGUCUGCUGGACCGGUGGCGAAGCUUGUCACGGAAACAUCGCAGGGGCACCUGGUGCAGCGCUACCAGCAGGUCGCCGCGACUGCCGCCUUCCCCUGGACCGCCAGCAUCUCGAUCUCGGCGCUCAAGAUCGUGGUUGAACUCGGUCAGGCGUUGGGGAAGUCGACCUUUUCCAUCAACGACUUCUGGGUCUCUUCCAAGAAAACGUCAGACUGGGAGCAGAACCUCUGUCUGGGAUUUAGCAUGAUCGGCAUCGAGAGCACCGGCAGGAUGAGCGGGUUCACCGCGCUCGAAAACUUCAAGCUGCGCACGGCGAUCGAGUGGCCGGAGCGGCAGCAGGCACUCAACGAGACCCCGUUGAUCCAAGCGUCGGUUGGAUUCAGCCAGUUCAGAGUGAAAGCCGCGUUUGAUUACCAGGCUUUCCUCAUCGCAGACGUCAGGUCGCUCGAGUUCCUCAUGUAUAAUGUCCGCCGGAGCCGAGACGGGAGCGGUGACCGGCUGGUGGCCAACCUUGACGGCGAGGCCGUCCAGGUAUUUGCCACGACUACCUCGGCCGCCCAAGGUAUUGCUCUGUACCAAGCCUUCCAGCGGCUGGUGCAGGAGCGCAAGGCGAAUUUCGAAAUCUCGCUCAAAGAGAUCGAAAGGUACAUGCAGCGAAAGUCGGUGUCCCCUCCCCCGGGCGUGAUGCAGCGCCUCAGCAUCCCCAAAUCCACGAACGACGACGGGAUGCUCAAGUCCCCCAUCUCGCUCGACACGGACGUCGUCGUCACUCUCAAGGCCCUCAACCUCGGCGUCUUCCCGAGCACCUUCUCAGACCAUCAAGUCUUCAAGAUGGAGGCGCUCAACGCGCAAGCCCGCUUCGCCGCGUCGGUCCAAGACGACGGCCAAAUCCACAGCAUCCUCGGCCUCACCCUCGGCCAGCUGCGCAUAGGGCUCGCAGGGGUCAGAGCGGGAAGCAGCGUGCCCAGGACGGCCAACGAGCUGUCGGUCGAGGACGUGGUGCAGAGCGCGACGGGGUCCCGAGGCGGCACGAUCCUCAAGGUGCCCAAGGUCGAGGCCGUCAUGCAAACGUGGCAGCGGCCCGACUCGAAGCGCAUCGCCUACAUCUUCAAGAGCGCGUUCGAGGGCAAGGUCGAGGUCGGCUGGAACUACAGCCGCAUCAGCUACAUCCGCGGGAUGUGGGCCAACCACUCCAAGACGCUGGCACAGGCGUGGGGCAGGGAGCUGCCCAACGUCUCGGCCAUCAGGCUGACGGGGGUGUUGCCCACCGAGUCCGGUGGUGCCGCCUCCUCGGCCACGACAGCAGCAGCAGCAACAACAACAACAGCCAGGUCCCCCGGUCCGGAAGAAGGGCAAGAACAAAAGCAGCCGCAGCAGCAGCAGCAGGGGGAACGGGCAGCCACCACCACCACCACCACCAGCAAUAAGAUCACAGCCGAGGUCAAGGUGCCGCAGUCCAAGUACGAGUACGUCGCGCUGGAGCCGCCCAUAAUCGAGACGCCGCAGCUGCGUGACAUGGGCGAGGCGACGCCGCCGCUCGAGUGGAUCGGCCUGAACCGCGACCGGCUGCCGAACCUGACACACCAGAUUGUCAUCGUGGCGCUGCUGGAGCUGGCGGGCGAGGUGGACGAUGCGUAUAGGAGGAUCUUGGGGAGCAGCUGAGGUUUCUGGUCCUUCUUUUCUUUUCUUUUUCUUCUUUUUCUUCCCUCCUCUGAUAUUUUGUAUUCUCCCUGCCCCUCAGCAUCCUAAGUUUGGUCUUUGGGAUCUUGCGUCGCGUUGCAUCGUGGUUAUCAACUGCAUAGUCUGGGUCUGGUGAUAGAAGCAUAGGGAUAGAAAGUAAGGGAGUUCGGGAAUAGCCAAAAAAAAAAAAUAAAAA